GAUAAGUAUAGUUCGAUUGUCGCGACAUUUUAAAACGCGGAUAUAAAUAAAGAUAUUUUUGUCCGUUGGAUAGCUGACAAGCUCAAAAAUUUCUCAUAACGAUCAGGAAGUCAAUGGUGGGGAUUUGGUUGUCGUGCAUCUUGAGAGGAGACUUUAGUACAGUGACUACAUGUGGAUAUCCGCCGGUCGUUGGUCGCUUUUAUCCGUUUCUAUACGUUAAAGAAUUACUACAUCCACUUUUAUUUCGCUACGUUAUAUUGUUAUUAUUAUCUACACUAUAUACUAUUAAAUUACAAUUUUUUAGUACAAUAAAGGUUUAUAAAUAUAUUAUUUAAUAAUAUUUAUAUUAAAACGGGUGUUGAAAGAUGCAAAUGGAUCAGAUGACGGUGCAGCUGAUACAGGUCCUAGAGAAGACCGUAUCACAAGAUAAAAAUGAGCUGGAAGCGGCGCAACAUUUUUUGGAACAAGCUGCUCUUACAAACAUUCAUGAGUUCGUACAAAGACUCAGUGGAGUACUGGGUACUCCGGCUGCCAGUACCGUAGCACGUAUGGCUGCUGGUCUUCAACUAAAAAACCAGCUCACAUCCAAAGAUCCAACUUUAAAAGCACAAUACCAACAAAGGUGGCUCGCUAUUCCUGCUGAGACACGAGAAUUUAUUAAGAAAAAUAUCUUAGGAGCAUUAGGAACAGAAAAUAAUCGACCAAGUUCAGCAGCACAGUGUGUAGCAUACGUAGCAGUAGCAGAAUUACCAGUUGGUCAAUGGACCGAAUUAAUAGCACUGUUGGUAAACAAUAUUGCCGAUCAAAAUGGUACAGAAAUGAUGAAAGAAGCGACACUAGAAGCUAUUGGUUACAUUUGUCAAGAAAUAGACAGUGAAGUUUUGGUAUCUCAGUCAAAUCAAAUUCUUACCGCAAUUAUUCAUGGUAUGAGAGGUUCCAGUACAUCAAAUCAUGUUAAACUAGCAGCUACACGUGCUCUUUAUAAUUCACUUGAAUUUACCAAGGGUAAUUUUGAGAUUGAGACUGAAAGAAAUUUCAUUAUGGAAGUUGUAUGUGAAACAACACAAUCAACUCAUACGCAAAUACGAGUAGCAGCUCUCCAGUGCCUUGUCAAGAUCAUGUCACUGUAUUAUCAAUUUAUGGAGCCUUAUAUGGGUCCUGCACUUUUCCCUAUAACACUUGAAGCGAUGAAGUCAGAUACCGAUGAGGUGGCACUUCAGGGAAUUGAAUUCUGGUCAAAUGUUGCUGAAGAAGAGGUAGAUUUAUCAAUGGAAGAGGGUGAAGCUUCUGAAGGAGGUAGACCGCCAUCAAAAGUGUCUCGACAUUAUGCCAAAGGUGCUCUAAUGUUCCUCGUGCCAGUGUUGAUUCAAAAGCUCACGAAACAAGAAGAGUUUGAUGAUGAAGAUGAUUGGAAUCCAUCAAAAUCUGCUGGUGUCUGUCUGAUGCUCUUGGCAUCAUGCUGUGAAGAAAAUAUUGUGCCGCACGUCCUUCCAUUUGUUACUGAAAAUAUUAAAAACCCAGACUGGAGAUUCAGGGACGCAGCAUUGAUGGCAUUUGGUUCAAUUCUUGGUGGACUGGAACCAUCAACAUUGAAGCCUCUUGUUGAACAAGCAAUGCCAACAUUAAUUGAAUUGAUGUACGACGUCAGUGUUGUUGUAAGAGAUACAGCUGCUUGGACAUUUGGUAGAAUUUGUGAAAUAAUACCCGAGGCAGCCAUAAAUGAAACUUAUUUGAAACCAUUGUUAGAAUCUUUAGCAAAUGGUCUACAUGCUGAGCCAAGAGUUGCCGCCAAUGUUUGCUGGGCAUUCACAGGAUUGGCUGAAGCGAGUUACGAAGCCGCUGAAACUGAAGAUGGACAACAACCUGAAACUUACUGUAUGUCUGCAUUCUUUGAUUACAUUGUCCAAAAACUUUUAGAAACAACAGAUCGUCCAGAUGGUGCGCAGGCGAACCUACGAUCUGCUGCAUACGAAGCUCUUAUGGAGAUGGUUAAAAAUUCACCAAGAGAUUGCUAUGUAACCGUACAAAAAACAACAAUGGUAAUUUUAGAACGACUACAGCAGGUAUUACAAAUGGAGACACACAUUCAAAAUCAUUCAGACCGUGCUCAGUAUCAUGAUUUGCAAUCGCUUCUCUGUGCUACUCUACAAUCUGUCUUGAGAAGAGUAACACCAGAAGAUGCGCCGCGAAUUUCAGAUGCGAUAAUGACCGCACUUUUAUCGAUGUUCAGUUCGAACUCUGGUAAAGUUGGUGGAGUCCAAGAAGACGCAUUGAUGGCAGUAUCAACUUUAGUUGAACAACUUGGUGAAGGUUUUUUGAAGUACAUGGAGGCAUUCAAACCAUUCCUUUGCAUGGGUUUGAAGAAUCAUGCUGAGUAUCAAGUGUGUGGAGCUGCUGUUGGACUUACCGGUGACAUUUGUCGUGCUCUUAAGAGCAAAGUAUUACCGUAUUGCGAUGAUAUUAUUACAUUGUUAUUAGAAAAUCUCAGGAAUAAUACAGUCCAUCGGUCAGUGAAGCCGCAAAUUCUUUCGGUCUUUGGAGAUAUUGCUCUGAGUAUCGGCCCAGAGUUUAAAAAAUACCUCGAAGUUGUUUUACAAACGCUUGUUGAAGCUUCGCAAACAGAUGUCGAUCGUAAUGACUACGACAUGAUUGAUUACCUAAAUGAGUUACGUGUUGGUGUUCUUGAAGCUUACACCGGAAUAAUCCAAGGUUUCCGCGGUGAUGCUGAAGGCACUAAUCCGGAUGUACCGAAUCCUGAUGUCCUUUUAAUAGAACCUCAGGUCCCGUUCAUCAUUCAGUUCAUCACCACAAUUGCUCAAGAUCGUGAACAUUUGGAUGAAAGUAUGUCAGCAGCAAUUGGUCUACUUGGUGAUCUCAUAAUGGUAUUUGGAGCUAAACUUUUACCCCUUGUUGAAACUGAACCACUCACUGAGCUACUUAUCAAAGGUAGACGAGCACGUAAUAGUAAAGCACGAGCUCUUGCUAUUUGGGUCACUAAGGAAAUUCGCAAGCGCAAAAACGCUGUUAAUUCUACGUCAAGUUGAUCGCCCCAUGAUUGUACUCUCGUGCGAAUUGAUUUGACUAGAAAGCUAUCGAACACAAUACAAAGACAACAAGAUUGGAUGGUGCGGAUGCGAGUAGAUGGAUGUGCGUGAGUUCCAAUGUUUAAAAUUAAAAAAAAAAAAAAAAUAGAAAAAAAAAAAAAUUUUAAAAAUAGAAAAAAAAAUUAAAAAAAAAAAAAUUAAUGAGGAUGUCAAUGACAAAAUGAUGAAAGAUAUAGGAUGAUAAUGUCUGCACGUGUUCUUCCUGGCGUUGACGCUACUAUCCCCCGGUCAAGAUCAAUCCAUAAUUAAUCGACUGGAAUUAAUGAUUAAAAUAUAAUAUAAAAAUGAUGUAAUUGCCGGGUAAGCUGCGUCCGUCAGAAUUUGGAUGGCCGACGAAGGAUGAAGGAAGAGUGCAAGUGGAUAUGUUGCCAAAUAAUGAAUGUGAAAACAAGAGACACGUCUGUUUAUAAUGUCUGGUGAUAAGAGUGUGCCUGAUAUUAAACUAUUUAAAUAAAUGAAAUGAGAGAAAUAAUAUUUGAAAAAAUGGAUUUAAAUAGAGUACAGGACUAAUCACACUGCUUGGUGUCACGGUGCCAUGUAGUUUGAUUGUAGCGUGUGAUAGAUAUGAAUAAAUUUUUGCGUGUGAUAAUUGCAUUGGAUAGAUCCAUUUAUGAAUGACUAUGAUGUAAGAUUGUUUUACAAUGCGAUACUUUUGAAUACAUUAUUACUAUUAUUAUUAUUAUUAUGAUUAUUAUUAUUAUUAUUAUUAUUAUUAUUAUUACUAUUAUUAUGAUUAUUACUAUUAUUAUUACUACUUUUACUAUUAAAUAAUAAGAGUAAACUAAUAAUUAUUAACGAUGUCAGUAGUUAUUAUAUAAAUAUACAUAAAUAGAUAUAUUUUUUUUAAUCAUUAAUAAUAGGCUUACGUGGAAAAUAUUGUUAAUUUUCCAUAAAACAACUGCUCUUAUUUCAAAUGUAUUUUUUUUUGUUUAUGAAUUUAUAUAAAAGAAAAAAAAAAGAGAAAAAAAAAAUUUUUACAACAAUCGCAUUGAGUGCGCUAGUAACGAAUGAGUUAAUCUAUAAUAAGUGAAGAACUAAGAAUGAUUAUUUUAUGUAUGUACUAUGAAUAUAAGUUGUAUGAAUGAAUAUAUGAGAAAAUAAAGUACUAGUAAUAAAAAAAAAAAAAAAGAAAAUAAUAAAAAAAAGUUAUGGAUGACUGAAUGGAACACGUGCGUGUGUAAGUAUGAGUUAUUGAAUGUAGUUGUAAAUGUUUUUUUUUGUGCAUAUGGUACGUUAUGAUUUUUUCGUAUCUUGAAUGUCUGUUCAACUGUUGAUUCAUUAAAAUUAAUAAUCUUU